GACUCGCUUGGUUCAUGGUUAGAUCUUUGGACAGUCACGAUCGUUCAGAGUAAUUUCCCUUCCUUACUUCCGGUAAACAAGGUUUCUCAGGACGAUUAAAACUAAUCCCAUAUGGCAUUGCGGUUGGCUGCAGCACAGAGAUGUGUCCGUGUAUACCUUCCAAAUUUAAGAGCAGUCGUAAACCAUUUUCGAACAUUCUCAUCCCAUUCACAAGAAGACAGUUACGGUACAACUAGUCGAGGACUUGAAGAUACAGACAUAACACAGGUUGAGUGGCCAGACCCUGCAUUAGGCCCACUUCGCCCUGUGAACCGCCAUUUUCCCCUCCCAGGACAGAUUGGAGCAACAAACCAGUCAUCUUCAGACAUUAAUGCAAAACCUGAGGAACUACCCCACUAUUUUGGUGACCCACUGACCUUGCUACCUGCUCAGCCUUGUGAGCGACACCUAGGUGUCCUUGCUCACUAUCUUAACCAUGAACUGAAAAAUAGUGUCAAAGACAUGACAGAACCUUGUGAAAAUACCAUGCCAAAACCAUCAGACAUGCUAGAAUGUGUGGCAUAUGACUGCCCACAGAUUCUUCGAAAAGAUUUCAGUGAUUUAUUCCCUGAUCGAGACAUAUCGCUAGGGCCUUUCACAGCCUUAACAUUGAGCCAGCGAACCAAGAAUGACAUGUCUGCCUGGUCCUAUGAUGUUGAGAUGGAACGUGAAGAGUUAUUAGAAACAUUUAUGUAUGGUGCCAUGGAAAUCUGCAAUGCUUUGCAGAAAAAUGUUUGGGCUGACUUCAUAGAUCCCAGUACUGGAAGACCAUUUAAUGGACCACACACAAAUGCUUCCUUCUGUGAGACUGAUGAACGGUACCGGAGACUGGGCUUCCAAAUAGAGGACCUUGGAUGCUGCAUUAUUCGCCACUCACUCUGGGGCACUCACGCCUAUGUGAGCUGUCUUUUCACAAAUGCUCCAAUUUACCAUCCAAUUAUUCAUCAGCUUACAAAGAAGUACUUACAGAGUGUCAGUUCAGACUGAUAUCUGAUCGGUGAAGAUGUGUUAUGUUCUGUGACUGUUGCAUUGUUCUUUAACGUUCAGCUUGGAAGAGUACUCAGCUACCCUCAUUUUAAAUUGCAGUAUUGCUAUUUCAUUAUCCAGAGAUUCUGAAACAAAGUCAUUGUCUCUGAACAAAAGCAUGAGUAUGAAUUCUGUUUGUGAGCAAGCACUGAGCAAAAGGUCUAUUGAUCUGUUCAUAGUCCAUGUAUUGGACAUAGAAGGCAGAGAGCGCACCGUUAUAUUGUGUAGUGUGCAUAAUCAAGGUGGAGGGCAAUGGCAUGGACUCAGUUUCAAGGAUUACUUUGUGUAAAAUGUAUGUAAUUCGUGGUGUUUAUUCUCAGUAGGUGAUCAUGCUUUUCAUUUAGGCUGCAGUACAGUAAUGCACUAAAUGGCA